UGCAUCCACAUUCCACUUGCAGCGCACAAUCCACCAAGACAUGCUUCCAAUCUCACCAUAGUAUUGGCCUCGGCAUUACAUCUUUCGGAGCAUGGAGGACGACGGCGAGGUGUCCGUCUCGGCGGUCUUCCCCCUGCCGUCAGCGACACCAGCUCCUACCAGCACGUACCCGUGCCAGGUGGGAAGUCAGUACGAGGCGAACAACUUUAAACCAAGGAAGUUCAGUCGCGUCCCUUCUGCGACGGAGAGCCAUGCGGCUCUCAGGCGCACCCUCCAGAAGUACUGGGGCCAUAGCGACUUUCGCGGGCCUCAGCUUGAGAUCUGUGCCUACGCGCUCCGAGGCUGUGAUCUACUGGUAGUAGCCCCCACCGGUCUCGGGAAAUCCGUGUGCUUCCAGGUCCCGGCAGUCACCAUAGAGUACGGUAUCACGAUUGUGGUCUCACCUCUACUCGCUCUAAUGCGAGAUCAAGUUUCAAGCCUUCAGCAGAAGGGCAUCGACGCCGUUCAAUUGAACGAGAAGACGAGCAUGGAGGACGUCAAAGAGGUCAAGCGACAACUGAGCAUGGGGCACCCUCGUCUCCGACUCCUCUAUGUCACACCGGAGACCCUCUUCAGUGCAAAGUACCAGGCGGAGUUUGACCUGGCGUAUCAUCAACGUCAGAUUGUCCGCCUGGUGGUUGAUGAGGCCCACGUCAUUGACGAAUGGGGCUCAUCAUUUCGUCCUACGUACCGCCGACUCGGGGAAUUCCGCCUACGGUACCCCACCGUCCCCAUCACCGCGCUAACCGCGUCCGCGACGAGCGCCGUCCGCAAGGACUUGCUUACGAUCUUGAACAUGCCACAGACCCAAGAGCAAGGCCUCGCUCAGUGGGUCGAGCCGUUCAACAGGAAGAACCUGUUCUACGAGAUUCGCUAUUACGGCGGUGGUGGCAACGGUAACAAGUUCAACCUCAUUGCCGCAGACCUUUCAAAGCUCAUCCUCGGCUUCGUACCCGAAGCCAAAUCGAUCAAUGAUCGCCAUCGGGUCACAAUGCCGUGCAUCUCUGGUCUUGUAUACUGCCGUUACACCGCAGACUGCGAGGACAUUGCAGCGCACCUGAAUGAGCGCGGCAUAAAGGCCAAACCGUUCUAUGCCUCCCUGCCCUUGUCAAAGCGGGAGGAAACUCUUGACGACUGGAAAGCGGGCAAGGUAGAGUGUAUUGUUGCGACAAUCGCCUUCGGGAUGGGCGUUGAUCAAGCUCACGUGCGCUAUGUCGUCCACUAUGAUAUGCCCAAAUCAUUUGAAGGCUACUACCAAGAAACAGGUCGAGCAGGCCGAGACGGCCACAUGUCGCGAUGCGUCCUCUACUACUCUCGAGAAGAUGCCUCCCGACUCCGCGGCCUCAUUGACUCUGAGGCCAGUCGCUCUAAGAGAGACGGCCAUGACCAAAUGACAGUCGACCGGAAUAAGCUGCGGAUGGUCAAUAGUUUCAAGGCGUUGCAGAUGUAUGCUGAGGCAACGGGUCUUUGUCGCCACAUCGCUAUUUGCCGGUACUUCGGCGAGCGCCUCGACGACGUUACGCCGGAGAUCAAGGCGAAGUACUGUAAUGGCUUGUGUGAUGUCUGCGCCAACCGAGCCAGCGUCUUUCAACGCUCUUGGUGCUUGACCGAGAGCAUUGACGUGGCCUCGCCCAUUGUCGCGCCAGCGCCAUUGGAGGCACCAGUGUCGAGCUUGUCCCUUGACACUGCGCGCCAUAACACGCUCGCAGCGUGGCACGGCCCCACUGCUCAGCCGACCGUGGGGCCACCACCGGCCGACUCCAGUGUAGACCUCCCUGUCGACCACGACGCAAUGGAGCAGUUGUGGAUGAUGGACGAGCCCCAGAGCUCGUUCCUCGCUACAACUGAAACUCCUUGCCCGCGGUCUCGGAGGGUGGGCCUCCGCCCAAUGGCCGCACCUGCAAACUUGGUCAACCAGGUCCCCACCCCGUCUCGGGUGCAGACCAUUGACCAAGUUGCAGAGAAUGGACUGAGCGGUGCCAUUGCCGUGUAUGGGGAGCAGCGUAGCCCUGGGCAUGCUGAGAGGAAACGCAAGGAGCGGGAGCGAACCUUCAAGGGCGUCAAGCCAGCUACCCCGGGCGGCCCGAGUUCAUUCUAUAAUGUUUCGGCACCGCCAAAGCGGGCCAAGGUAGCAUCUGACUUCAAAGUUCCGUCGAUGACGCCACGCGUGCCAGCUGGUCAGGGCCAUGGCCAGGAGCUCGACAGGACGUUGGGCCUGCAGAAGCUCCAGGAGGCUUUGAAGGCGUCGUUCGCUGAAGGGACACUUGCGGACCAAGUCUUGGCGUACUGGGGCAGGGAGGAGACUGGGGAGCGCCGGAUCAAGUUGAUCCGGAAGGUGGCACGCGAACUUGAGGUUGGACUGGCGAAAGGGGCGACCGAAGCCAUCUAUGUUGCCAGACUUGACGAGACGUGCGAGUCACUCAAGCUUGUUCGCGCCCGACGCGGCGUCCAGCUCCUGGUGGAGGACAAGCUCGCAACAUCAAGCGACGCCCGUGUAGAGCGACUCCGGAGAAUAGAGGCGUGCUUCCGCGCCAUCUAG